AUGUCAUCGGAAAAGUCGCGCGAGCACCACGACGGCAGCAGCGGCCGCGCCUUUACUGCAGACCAAAAGGCCGCCGUCGUGCGCGUCCGCAAAUGCAAUCCCACCGCCUUCUACGAUAUCCUGGGCCUCGAAUCCGUAAAAACAACAGCCACAGAAUCAGAAAUCAAAAAAGCAUAUCGCAAACUCAGUCUGCUUACGCACCCGGACAAGAAUGGCUACACUGGUGCAGAUGAGGCUUUCAAAAUGGUUGCUCGCGCUUUUGCUGUGCUGAGUGAUUCGGAUAAGAAAGCAAAGUAUGACCGCUUUGGAGGGGAUCCUGAUAGCAGGUUCCAGGGUGCGAGUGCUAGUUCGGCAAGUCCCUUUUCUGGCGGUGGUGCUACGAGGAGGGGUCCUGGUGGUGGUGGCAUGUUUGAUGAUGAGAUUAGUCCAGAAGAUCUGUUCCGUCAAUUCUUCGGCGGCGGUGGCAUGGGUAUGGGUGGUGGUGGGUUCGGAGGUCCAUUUGGAGGUGGCCUUUUCGACGGCCCAGGCUUUGUCUUCAACAUGGGCGGAGGCCCUGGAGUACGUGUUCAUCAAUUCGGCGGCGGCGCACCGCGACGACGACCCCAAGCAGCCAGAGAUCCCAACCAACCGCCUCCAUCCCUUCUUCAAUCACUACAGUCCCUCCUCCCGCUACUCCUCCUCUUCAUCUUCCCUCUUCUCUCAGGUCUCUUCUCUGGCAACGGUACACCCUCAGGUCCUUCCGUACGCUUAGAGCCCUCACCGCCAUACACCCAACACCACACCAGCUCUGGUUUCGGAGUUUCAUACUAUGUCGACCCGCGCGAGGUAGCGGAUAUCUCGGCGCGGAAGUGGAAAGAGCUGGAUAAGAAAGCAGACACGACAUAUGUGCACACUUUGUCCAGCGAAUGUGAGUUCCAGCAACGGAAGAGGCAGGACAUGUACCAGCAGGCUUCAGGCUUCUUCUUUACCGAUCAGGUGAAGUUACAGGAAGCCAGGAACUACAAAAUGCCUUCUUGUAAGAGGCUGAACGAAUUGGGCUACAGGACUUCAUGA